UUUUUCUUUUCUUUUAAUAUUUCCUUCCAUCUCUGUACACCGCCGCUGCGUUCUCCGGCGAUCAAAUCAGGUAACUAACUCACCCUCAAUCUCCAAAACCCUCAAACACCCACUUCAAAUCACACCAAAUCUCACAUCUUUUUCCAAUUUGAAUGGCAAUAUCCCACUUAUUACUUUAUCUAAUUUCAUUAUGCUUUCUAAUAAACCCCUUUAUCUUCACCAAAUCAGAUCCACUUUCCCCCCAAAAUUGCCCUAGAUCCAACACUAGUUUACUUAAUUUCACUUCCCAAUUUGUUAUGGUUCAGCAUCAAUUAAGAGGAUCUUUUAGUAUUAUUAAUGAUUGUUCCUUUAGGGUUAGUGAAUUUGAUAUGCUUCCUGGGAGUUCUCAUGUUCAUUGGUGGGGGGCUUUUGGUGAUGAUUAUGAAAAUUUAACAUCUGGGUUUGUUAUAUCUCAUGAUCAGUUGAAUGAUACAGUUUAUAAGAAUCAUAGUUUUGUUGUUAGUUUGAUGGAUAAUGUUACAUGGGAUCAGAUUAAGGUUGUUUCUGUUUGGGAUAGUUUAGCGGCUUCAGAUUUCGGCCAUGUUGUGUUGCCCGAUUUGGGUUCAGAAUCGAAUUCGGGAUCAGAAUCGAAUUCAAGCGUUAAGGUUGAUGUUCAGCCGACGAUGUUUGAAAACUGUAAGGUGUUAUCGGAUACAUAUAGGUUAAGAUGGACUUUAAAUGAGAAGGAUAAUGUGAUUGAUAUUGGUUUAGAGGGUGCGAUCGGGAUUCAAAACUAUAUGGCGUUCGGGUGGACGGAGCCGGGCAGGGAGCAUGAUCAUAUGCUUAACGCUGAUGUGGCGGUGACGGGGUUUAUGGAAGAUGGUGUUCCGUUUGCGGAUGAUUUUUAUAUUACUAAGUAUAGUGAGUGCAUGAAGAAUGAUGAUGGUACGGUUGAGGGUGUGUGUCCGGAUACCAUGUAUAAUACGUCGAAUUCUGUUGAAUCGGUUAACAAUACGCGGUUGGUUUAUGGGCAUCGGAAAGAUGGGGUGUCGUUUAUUCGGUUUCAGAGGCCGUUGAAGUCGGUAGACAAGACGUAUGAUUGGGAUAUUGAUGUUACAAGCAAAAGAACCUGCAUUUGGGCUUUAGGUUUGAUAAAACCGCCCGAUUCGCUUCGACCGUAUUACCUUCCGCAAAAUCAUGGAAAGACUUACGGGCAUGUGCAUGUUAAUGUUUCUGAGAGGGUUAACGAUUGUGUCGGGCCACUUGAUGCUGAGGAUAAGGAGGAUCAAGAGCUAGUAAUUGCAGAUAAGAAAGAACCUAUUGUUGUUACUUCGGGCCCCGCUUUGCAUUACCCGAACCCUCCAAAUCCAUCAAAGGUUUUGUAUCUGAACAAGAAAGAAUCACCGGUUUUGAGAGUCGAAAGAGGUGUCCCCGUAAUGUUCUCGAUACAAGCAGGUCAUGAUGUUGCGUUCUACAUCACGUCUGACCCGCUUGGCGGGAAUGCUACUUCUAGAAAUAUGUCGGAAACGGUUUUCAUAGGUGGACCAGAAGCCCAAGGGGUGCAGUCCAGUCCUAAAGAACUGACAUGGGCCCCGGACCGAAACACACCGGAUCAAGUCUAUUAUCAGUCGGUUUUCACACAGAAAAUGGGUUGGAAGGUUCAAGUGGUAGACGGUGGUUUAACCGAUAUGUAUAAAAACAGCGUUCUGUUAGAUGAUCAGCAGGUUAAUUUCUUUUGGACACUCUCGGAUAAGUCUAUAUCUAUAGCAGCUCGUGGUGAGAAGAAAAGCGGGUAUCUUGCUAUCGGUUUCGGGUCAGAAAUGGAGAAUAGUUUCGCGUAUGUUGGAUGGGUUGACGUUAACGGUACGGGUCGGGUCAAUACGUAUUGGAUAGAUGGAAUGAACGCCCAAAGUCUCCACCCGACCAAUGAAAAUUUGACGUAUGUGAGAUGCCGGUCGGAAAACGGUGUCAUCACUCUCGAAUUCACCCGUCCGUUGGAUCCCAAUUGUAACCGCAAAGAACGAAAAGAGUGUAACAACAUUAUUGAACCCACAUCUCCUCUCAAAGUUAUCUGGGCUAUGGGGGCGAAAUGGUCAUCAGACCAUUUAACAGAAAGUAACAUGCAUUCGGUAAAAAGCAACAAGCCCGUUCGGGUUUCGCUUAUUCGUGGUUCAGCCGAAGCCGAGGAGGAUUUACGACCCGUAUUAGCAGUACAUGGGUUCAUGAUGUUUCUUGCUUGGGGUAUGUUACUUCCGGCUGGCAUUCUAGCUGCACGUUACACGAAACAUUUACCCGGUGACAUAUGGUUCAAGGUUCAUGUCUACUCGCAAUACUCAGGGUUAGCAAUCACGUUUCUCGGGAUCCUUUUUGCCGUUGCCGAGCUUCGAGGGUUCCAUCUGGGCUCCGUACACGUCAAAUUCGGAAUCUUGACGAUUCUCAUGGGCUGCAUACAGCCCAUUAACGCCUACUUCCGACCUAAAAAGCCCGAAAACGAAAACCCGUCAUCCAAAAGGGUCAUUUGGGAAUACAUCCACAUGUAUGUCGGCAGAUGUUCUAUUCUUGUCGGGGUUUCCGCUCUUAUUACUGGAAUGAAGCAUCUAGGAGAAAGAUACAAUGACGAAAACACCCACGGGUUAACGUGGGCUUUGAUCGUGUGGGUAUUGUUAGGUGCUCUCACCUUUAUAUACUUAGAAUAUAAUAAAAGGCGUUGGCAGGAGACGGUUACACGAAGCAAUUGGGUUUUGGGUAAUUCGGAAGAUGAGGAUGCUGAUCUUUUACGUUCAAACGGGAAUCAUGGCGAAAAAGAAUCAGUUAUGUCGGAUAGAAUGGAAAUUCAGUUGGAACCAACGUCGGGUGGGAGGUACACUGUCAUAUAAAAUCGGGUCCUUUUUCAAGAUUCGGUGGCCUUUGGUUUUCAUUUUUUAUAUGAACGAUCUCGACCCGGUCACCAGUUAUGAUCUUGGUGGCUCCCUGUGUGUAGUCAACAUGUUUGCAGGUUGUUGAGGCAAAAUGAUAUCUUAUGUACUUUUUCUACAGUUAAUACAUUUGUUAUAUUCAUCAACAAUCAACAUAUUUUGCAGGUUCUUUCUUUUAGAGAAGUGGAAAUUUUGUGUUAUUAUCA